AUGCGUGUUUCCAUAUUUAAUGUUACAACUGUAAUUUACACUUUUACAGUUCUAGUUGCGUUUUUGGGCCAGAAAGUUGCAGCGGGUAAGAAAAACCUUCAUUCGUUUAAUCGAAACCAUCUUAAAUAACACUUUUUUGUUUAGUGAUUUCCAAGCAAGAUUACGUUCUCAACAUGGACAAAGUCCCUCAUUUAUUCUAUCAAACAACUAUUACAACGAUCCUAAAGGUAUCUUUAACUCAGUAAACAGCUUAUUUCAUCCUCCAUGAAUUUAAUUACAGAGCAAAGCCCGAGAAGAUCUUCAAAUGUUAUCUCAGACGGAAAGAGUUGCCUACAAGCAAUGUGAGAGUUCAGCGAGAAGCCUUCUCGAUCUUGCCAAGUGCGUCUCAAAACUAAUCCGAAUGAGAAGUCGCCAUCAACACAGUGUCCGCAAUACAACAAGGGUCGACUUUAACAUAUCAACAAAAAGAAUAUUAAUUCCAAACCUUGAAACCCAAAGUAUCGUGAAGAAACGAGCCAGGAUUGUCAGGUUGCAUGAGCAUCAUGAGAGAAUUAGAAAGAGAUUGAGAGCCAAGAAGUUGCUGAAACGAGAAGGUAAUCUCUUUGACCAACCAUAACGUUUCUUUUAUACUUUUUUUUUCAGUUCAAUCCGAAGAAAAUGAUAACAAAAAUCACAGAAAAAUACCAGAAAACGUCAAGAAGUUACGCCGACUCCAAAAAUAUGUCAAACAGGUAAACGAGUGUAAAACCUAUAUGAAACAUCUGGAGGUUCAGAAUGAAAGGUGGAUCUUCAGCAUCGAAACCAAAAACGUUUAACUAAUUUUUCAGGAUCUUCAUGACUCAAAAUGUUAA